GGGCUGCCGCGCGGGGGUGGGGCGGCGGCGAGUCAGGGGGCCGCGGGCGCCGACGGCCGGGCUGUCAGCUCGGGGCCGCCGCCGCGCGAGGAGGCGCGGGAGCAGGAAGGAGCUGUGGGCUGGGAGCCGCUGUCCUCCCCGCCACCGCCGGUGCCGGGCACCAGGUGAAUGCCCCUUCCAUCCCCCGCCCCGGGUAUCUCGGUCUGGUCUGAGGAGACGGGGACCCUUCUCACACCGGCCGCUGCCGCCGCCGCGCUCCGGAACAGAUCCAGUCCUUCUGUGGAACUUCUGAACAUCUUUUAUUAGUGGAAAUAUUUUCUACACAAUGAAGUCAACAACUUAAUUUAAACCAGUGUUUGUGCGGUUCUGAUUCAUCUGCUGUGGCUCCCGAAGCUUGAGAUCUAAAGAGUACAGGGUCUUUUGUGAUGACAAUAUGACUAAUAGUAAAGGAAGAUCUAUUACCGAUAAAACAAGUGGUGGUCCAAGUAGUGGAGGAGGUUUUGUAGAUUGGACUUUACGUUUAAACACAAUUCAAUCCGACAAGUUUUUAAAUUUACUCUUGAGUAUGGUUCCAGUGAUUUACCAGAAAAACCAAGAAGACAGGCACAAAAAAGCAAACGGCAUUUGGCAAGAUGGAUUAUCAACUGCAGUACAGACUUUUAGUAAUAGAUCUGAGCAACACAUGGAGUAUCACAGUUUCUCAGAGCAGUCUUUUCAUGCCAAUAAUGGGCACGCAUCAUCAAGCUGCAGCCAAAAGUAUGAUGACUAUGCCAAUUAUAAUUACUGUGAUGGAAGGGAGACUUCAGAAACCACUGCCAUGUUACAAGAUGAAGAUAUAUCUAGUGAUGGUGAUGAAGAUGCUAUUGUAGAAGUGACCCCAAAAUUACCAAAGGAAUCCAGUGGCAUCAUGGCAUUGCAAAUACUUGUGCCCUUUUUGCUAGCUGGUUUUGGAACAGUUUCAGCUGGCAUGGUACUGGAUAUAGUACAGCACUGGGAGGUGUUCAGAAAAGUUACAGAAGUUUUCAUUUUAGUCCCUGCACUUCUUGGUCUCAAAGGGAACUUGGAAAUGACAUUGGCAUCCAGAUUAUCCACUGCAGUAAAUAUUGGGAAGAUGGAUUCACCCAUUGAAAAGUGGAACCUAAUAAUUGGCAACUUGGCUUUAAAGCAGGUUCAGGCAACAGUUGUGGGUUUUCUAGCAGCUGUGGCAGCAAUUAUAUUGGGCUGGAUUCCAGAAGGAAAAUAUUACCUUGAUCAUUCCAUACUUCUGUGCUCUAGCAGUGUGGCAACUGCCUUCAUUGCAUCUCUUCUGCAGGGAAUAAUAAUGGUUGGGGUUAUCGUUGGUUCAAAGAAGACUGGUAUAAAUCCUGAUAAUGUUGCUACACCCAUUGCUGCUAGUUUUGGCGACCUUAUAACUCUUGCCAUAUUGGCUUGGAUAAGUCAGGGCUUAUACUCCUGUCUUGAGACCUAUUACUACAUUUCUCCAUUAGUUGGUGUAUUUUUCUUGGCCCUAACUCCUAUUUGGAUUAUAAUAGCUGCCAAACAUCCAGCCACAAGAACAGUUCUCCACUCAGGCUGGGAGCCUGUCAUAACAGCUAUGGUUAUAAGUAGCAUUGGGGGCCUUAUUCUGGACACAACUGUAUCAGACCCAAACUUGGUUGGGAUUGUUGUUUACACGCCAGUUAUUAAUGGUAUUGGUGGUAAUUUGGUGGCCAUUCAGGCUAGCAGGAUUUCUACCUACCUCCAUUUACAUAGCAUUCCAGGAGAAUUGCCUGAUGAACCCAAAGGUUGUUACUACCCAUUUAGAACUUUCUUUGGUCCAGGAGUAAAUAAUAAGUCUGCUCAAGUUCUGCUGCUUUUAGUGAUUCCUGGACAUUUAAUUUUCCUCUACACUAUUCAUUUGAUGAAAAGUGGUCAUACUUCUUUAACUAUAAUCUUCAUAGUAGUGUAUUUAUUUGCCGCUGUGUUACAGAUAGGUAUGCUUGGGCUCCAGGCCAGUGAUGCACAGAAGAUGAAAUGACUGUCUGCUUUAUUGGAGGCACAGCAUGCUUGAUUCCUGUGAGGUAUUUACCUUGCUGUGGAUUGCUGACUGGAUGGUCCAUCACUUCUGGAGGAAAGGAAAGGACCCGGAUAGUUUCUCCAUCCCCUACCUAACAGCAUUGGGUGAUCUGCUCGGGACAGCUCUGUUAGCCUUAAGUUUUCAUUUUCUUUGGCUUAUUGGAGAUCGAGAUGGAGAUGUUGGAGACUAAUAAAUUCUACAAACUGCUCUCAAGUUACCAAGGAAGAAAAUACACAACCACUUAUGGCUCUUUUUCAGUAGUUUGACUUUUGCCAGGGUAAUCUUCAGUUGGCCCUGAUUCAAUUAAAUGGCCUUAAUUUUUUUUUAAGGAAUUUGUGUCAAAACCAGAAUGAAGAGUAUUCAUGCUGCUUUUCAUAGAAUAAAUGAUAAUUUGACAUAGACAUAGAUAUAAGUUCCAGCUCUGAAAUUAAUUAGGAAAGAAUAUAGGAUGUUUACAGUGAAUAAUUUUAAAACCACAAACAUAGCAGAAAUGUACUUUAUUAUUAAAUUUGUAAUGCAGGAUUAGAAGAAGCAGAGCUCUAGUUUAGCCUUUCUUGUCUCACACAUGUGCUGUAUCCCAGGCAUACUAUAAAACGAAGAGUGCCCAACCAAGCUUUGAAUCAUAUUAACAAUGCCCACCUCUAUGCUAGCUGAGGAUAAAUUUACCAAUUGCUCAUAUUUAAACUGACCUAAAUAUGUUUUGCUGAGCAUAAGAUAAACUCACUUUUACCUCCAUCUAAAAUUAUCCUGUUCUGAUGCCAAUUCAAUUUCAGCUCUGCAAGUUCUUGUCAGGCUAACCUUUAAACAUUGAGUGAUCUUGAGAGAUUGUUAAUGAAAGCAGUGAGUCAUUUUUUGAUGAUUGAUUUGUUGGAAAAAUGUUGAUGUGUUUUAAAAAAUGUAAUCUUCAAAAACAGAAGAUAACCUGAGAUGCAUUUGUAGAGACAAGACAGUACAAGAAUGUAUGUGUGUGUGUGUGUGUGUGUGUGUGUGAGAGAGAGAGAGACUUUUGAUGAAGAACUAAAUCUUGGAUUGCUGAUAGCAAAGAUCAUAGUGCUGUUGGAAUAUCAGCAAUAUAGAGUUAUUCUUAAACACAUUUUAUUGACAUGUUUUUGUCAUUGGGUCCAAAAAUUUUGCUGCUGACCAGAAUUUACUAUUUGUUACCUAUAUUCUUUUUUUUUUUUUUUUUUUUUUUUUUUUUUUUUUUUUUUUUUUUGAGACAGAGUCUUGCUCUGUCGCCCAGGCUGGAAUGCAGUGGUGUGAUCUCGGCUCACUGCUACCUCCGCCUCCUGGAUUCAAGUGAUUCUCCUGCCUCAGCCUCCCGAGUAGCUGGGAUUACAGGAAUGCGCUACCACGCCCAGCUAAUUUGUUACCUACACUCUAAUUAAUAAUUUCUUAUUUUAAAAAGUAGUACUAUUUAAUAUAAUCAAGAUAGGAGAUUUAAAAUGAGCAAGUGAUUCAUUUGCUCUUUUAAAGAAGCCCGUUGACUUACGCUUUUAAAAAAGAAGUUGGUGGGUUACCUCAAUUAUUGUUCAUGCUUAAACAUAUCCAUUUGUACAGGCUUAUUUCUACAUGGGACCCAAUCAUAUAUACUAUAUUUCUCAAAUAAUUUUUCUAAAACUCUGGCCUAUAUUCUAAACACUUGACCAACACCUUAGUUAUUGAAUAGGUAACCGUUUUUAAAGCACAUGUGGUUCAUUUUUUAAAAUUCAAUCUCUCAAGACCAUUAGAUAUUUAAUAAUUUAAGCUGAUAAGGGUAUCAAAAUGCACAUUAACUUUGAUCAUCAUGAUUUAAGUUGUAACUUUGUGUUAUUAUAUAAAUAUUAGGUUGUUUAUAAAUAUAUUGCAGAAAGUAUUCUUGUUAAGCUCUUUUAAAUGAUGGGACUGUGGUUUAGAGUUAUAUAUUUUUCCUUAUUUUUAAACUUCAAUUAUUCCAUUCUUCUGCCUUAUAAUAAAACUUUUAAGGCAGAGAACUGAACUAAUUAUAGAAUUUCUCCUUUGGAGAGUUAUAAUGUUACAUAGUGAACAUUCUUAUAAAAGAAAGAAUAAGUUUAAGUUGAUGAAUAUUUAGCUGCAAAGAUUUUUUACUUAAAAAAAUCCAUGAAUAAUAUCUUUGAUUUUAUUAUAAAGCAUUUGUAAAUUAUUUGCAUUUGAGCUGUAAGAUUCAUAAACAUUUACAUUUCCCAAUGAUUUCUAUUUUGAUUUUUAAAAAAUAUACAGGGCAAGCUACAUUUUUAAAGCAUUAAUCAACAACUUUAUUAUAUUACACAUUCCAGUGCACAAACACACAAUAUCAUUUAAUACUCACAGUAGUACCUGUGAAAUAUAUCAGAUGGAUAUUCCUAUCUCUAUUUUACAGCAGAGGAAACCGAAAUUCAGAGAACUUACAUUUCUAAGGUUGUACAGCUGCAAAAUGACCAAAUUGUGAAGUCCCUAACAUCCAGGUUUUCAUAAUGCCAGUACUCUUUCUAUGACAUGUUUAUGACCCUCCAAAUGUACCAAAACUACCUAACUAAUUCACCGAGAGGAAGCCAACUGCAAAAGUAGGAUUUUUAAAAGUACAAUAGAGUAUUACUACACUUUAUCGAUUUCAGACAAAGAAACCUCCGUUUAUUAUAUCCUGAUGGUGAGUGUUGCCUGCUCUAAAUUAUUCAUAUUUCUAAGACCAAGGAAAAUAUAGGUAAAUGAAAAUUUUGAAAUAAAGAACAAUGCCUUAAUUUGUAAAAUCUAUCAUUGCUACCACCCUGCCCAGGUCUGGCCAUUUGCCAUAAAUGCUGGUAAAUAAAUACAAUAACUGAUAGAGUUCUGUCUCCUUUCUCUUUUGCUACCCAACCUUGGUUAGAGCAACCAAAUGUCUAAAAGGCAUGUAAUAGGAGGAAAAAAAUAAAAACAUCAGUCACCAAUUUGCCGAUUAUAAAAGGGAUGUAGAUUCCUUUAAAUUAUUACUGACCUUUUGAAAGCCUUCCCAUAAGUAUGCAACAGAUAAAAUGACUCAUUUACCCACAACAAUCAUCUAUUAUCAGUCUUAAGUAAUGUUAAUUCACUGUAUUUCUUUUUAUACAACAUAAAAACUUCUGCUUUCCAAACUUCUUCAUUUUCACUAAUUUAUGAGCCACUUUAUUUAUACACAGAUAACACUUUUAGAAACAUUUUUCUUUCUUGUCCAUUUUUUUCUUUCAAAAAUAAAGUUUCUUAGAACCUGAUAAAAUGGAAACAUAUGGUAAUAUAUCUUCUGGUAGAUGUCCAAAAAUUCCACACCAUAGACUAUCAAUGAUGUAGCCAAAUAAAGGUCAUUCAAAAAAAUCAGUAAUUGGGAUUCCUUGCCUUAUAUCUAUGGUAUAGUGUACCCAUUUAUAAUGGGGUUCUGCCAUCUUCGAAUUGUUUUAAACUCAAAGAAUAAAAUUUAAGAAAUAAUUAUCCAGUCUUGUUAUGCUUACUUCUUGAUGAACUAGAGAACAUCAAGCCAGUGUGGAAAUCUCCCAGAAGAGACUGGGGUAAUUUAUGUAUACAUAUGAUAUUUAUGAAUUAUAAUAAAUUGGGCUUUGACCAUA